AUGUCGGCGCCUCCCGCCCUGCAAAUCCGGGAGGCGAACGCACAUCUGGCGGCCGUGCACCGGCGCGCGGCGGAGCUGGAGGCGCGGCUGGACGUGGCGGAGCGCACGGUGCACGCACAGGCCGAGCGCCUGGCCCGCCAUGACCAGCUGCUGCGCGCCGCGCUGGACGAGCUGGGCCGCGCCAAGGACCGCGAGAUUACCACUCUCCGGGAGCAGCUGCUGACCUCCGAGGCUACUGUCCACACCCUGCAGGCCGCUGUGCACCAGAGGGAUGAACUCAUCAGGCAGUUGCAGCCCCGGGCCGAGCUGCUGCAGGACAUCUGUCACUGCCGGCUGCCCCUGGCCAGGCUGCUGGCUGCCCUGGCUGAGGCUGAGCGCCUGGGACCCCUGCCGUCCAAUGACCCCAGCCACCCACUCCCCGGUGGGCCUGGUCCACCCCUUGCCAACAGCACUGGGGAGGAGGGGGACAGGGACCAGCUCCAGCCUGCAGUGUUUGGGACCACAGUGUGAGCCCAGAGCACAGAUUCCAGAAUGGAGACAGAAGGCCACUGCUGUGGGUGUCUUCAGGGGUCACCAGUGUUCUGGAGAGGACGCUGUG